AUGUCACCGCCCGCGGACACGCUGCCCGCCCAUGGCGGCGCCCCGAGAGCACCCGGGCCCCCCGCGCCGCCCGCCCUCCCCUCGCGGGCAACGGCCCUUCCCGCCCGCCACACCCCUCAACGGCCGCCGGGGGCCGUCACUAAUUUCAGUUGUGUGAUCCAUUUACAGGUUUUUAAUGCAAAGACAGCAGAGCUCUUGAGUCACCAUCAAGUUGAGAUUCAACAGAAAUUCCCCAAGGAAGGAUGGGUAGAACAAGACCCAAAGGAAAUCUUAAAAUCAGUCCAUGAAUGUGUAGAAAAGACCUGUGAGAAACUGCAACAACUGAACAUUGACAUCACUAACAUAAAAGCCAUUGGAGUCAGCAAUCAGAGAGAAACAACAGUGGUUUGGGACAAGACGACGGGCGAGCCUCUUUAUAAUGCCAUUGUGUGGCUUGACUUGAGAACACAGUCAACAGUUGAACGCCUUCUUAAAAGAAUCCCAGGAAAAAAUAAAUCCUUUUUUAAGUUCAGAACUGGUCUUCCACUUAGCACUUAUUUUAGUGCAGUGAAACUUCGAUGGCUUUUGGAUAAUGUGGAAGAAAUCAAGCAAGCAGUUGAUGAUGGGAGAGCUAUGUUUGGGACUAUUGAUUCAUGGCUUAUAUGGAGUUUGACAGGUGGGAAGAAUGGAGGUGUUCACUGCACAGAUGUGACCAAUGCCAGUAGAACCAUGCUCUUCAACAUUCAUUCCUUGGACUGGGAUCCUGAACUCUGCCAGUUCUUUGAUAUUCCCAUGGAAAUACUUCCAAAAGUACGAAGCUCUUCUGAGAUUUAUGGCCUGAUGAAAAUCUGUCCUAGCCUGAAGUCGGGAGCCUUGACAGGUGUACCAAUUUCUGGGUGUUUGGGUGACCAGUCUGCUGCUCUUGUGGGGCAAAUGUGUUUUCAAGAUGGUCAGGCAAAAAAUACGUAUGGAACGGGAUGUUUCUUACUGUGCAAUACAGGGCAGAAGUCUGUGUUUUCUGAGCAUGGUCUUCUAACCACAAUAGCUUACAAACUGGGCAGAGACAAACCUGUUUGUUAUGCACUAGAAGGAUCUGUUGCAAUAGCUGGUGCUGUUAUUCGUUGGCUGAGAGACAAUCUAGGUAUCGUUAAGACUUCACAGGAAGUUGAAAAACUGGCUGCAGAGGUGGGGACUUCUUAUGGCUGCUACUUUGUGCCAGCAUUUUCAGGACUGUAUGCACCAUACUGGGAACCCAGUGCAAGGGGUAUUAUCUGUGGCCUUACUCAGUUUACAAAUAAAAAUCACAUUGCCUUUGCUGCACUAGAAGCUGUCUGCUUUCAAACUCGAGAGAUUUUAGAUGCUAUGAACAAGGACUGUGGGAUACCACUAAGCCARCUGCAAGUAGAUGGAGGAAUGACCAAUAACAAAGUUCUCAUGCAACUCCAAUCAGAUAUCCUCUGUAUUCCAGUAGUAAAGCCAUCGAUGCCUGAAACAACAGCUCUAGGAGCUGCUAUGGCAGCAGGAGCUGCAGAAGGAGUCGGAAUUUGGAGUCUGAAUCCUGGAGAUUUGACAGCAGUGACCUGUGAAAGAUUCGAACCUCAGAUCAACCCAGAGGAAAGUGAAUGUCGCUAUGCCAGAUGGAAAAAAGCUGUGAUGAAAUCUAUGGGCUGGGAGACAUCUGAAGCUCCUUCAAAUGGUGACACUAGUAUCUUCUGUAGUCUGCCUUUGGGUUUUUUUAUAAUGAGUAGCAUGAUAAUGUUAAUCGGAGCAAAGUACGUCUCAGGUACAGAUAAAUGAGAGCACUUAACGGAUUGCCUGGACGCAGCUGACUUUGUUUGUUUGUUUUGUGUGUGAAGAGAUUCCAGCACCAGUGUGAUUGUACAGUUUGUGUGACUAAAUCCAUGUACGAGCCCGCCUGUUGCCCGGCCUUGGCCACCGUCCCGUGCCCGUGCCCGUCGGGGCGCCGCCGAGGACGUGGCCCCGCUCCCUGCGCCGGCGCCGCCGGAGCCUCUGCGCUCGCUGCCUCCCGCCAUACCCAAUCACAGCCUGAAAUCGGGAAAUUUCAGAAGCUUGAGCUUUGUUCAAGAAAAUCGACGCUUAAAAACCCUCUAGGAUAAUAUCAGAUGUUUUUCUAUCCUUUCCAGGGUUUUGGUACUUUAGCAAAUGCACUGCGGAAAGUUACAAUGAUGCACUGUAGAACUGUGUAGACAUCUUGCAACGUUUCUUCCAGCUGCUAUGGAUUGCCUGUCAUAUUUCUGUGGUUGCCAAAGAUGUUAUUUUAGUGGCCAUUGGUCUGAGACCCCUUUGAUGGUACAAACCUUUCACACAGUAGCUCCGAAUGUCUCUGUGGUAGCACAUGCCACUGGUUUGGCAAUGCAAAGGCUGCAGGUAUAGUCAGCAGAGUACUAUCAAAAUGACUGAUCACAAAGUUAAAUGGAAGUUUGGUUUAGCUUCCAGCGUAUGUAGCCAGUUUGCCUAGUAAGUAUUUAAGACACUAAGACCUGUACCUGUAUCUUUAAAAAGGUAGGAGAAAUAGAUGUUUCCAUUAAGGCUAUAUUUCAUAUUUUUGCCUGUUUCUGUUUGUUUUGAAAUACAAAUUUGCUGCAGCUUGCAACUCAAAGGAGAGCUUCUUAGUCCUGUGUAGCUGGUAACUCUUAAAAUUUCUCCGAUCAAAAUACUUUUCUUGACCAAUACUGCAUAUGCUUUGUCAUCUUGCUUAAGGAUGUCUUGCCAAUUAUGUGUUAAACUUCCAAAAUUUGGAGCUAAAUUAGUUUUGUUGAAGAGGGUCCACUCCCUAUUAAAUAUCARUGCUCUAGUUCUUGAUCUCACUUAGCACAUCUCAGGGACCAAAAUCUCCCUUUCAGUUUCCAUGUCUAGUUUCAACAGGAAGUUGUCCAAAAGUAUGCUGGGUGAACCCAAAAUCCUGGCUGGGAGCUGUAAGCACUUGGCACCUGAAACUGGAGCUGGAAGCAGAGGCAACCUACUUGAAAACUGACUUGUGACCACUCUGAAGCUUCAGAUCCUCCGUAGGUAAAGAAAUGAGGCAAUAACUUCGACUUCAGCUUCCCUGUUGCUGUCAACAGCAUGAGAAAUGCCAGCCUUGCCGAACAGGUCGGGAAAUGUGGUCUUGGAUCAUGUCACGCUGUAGAAUGAUACUGAGGUUAUCUGUGGGAACAAUGACUUUGAAAACAAUUUACAAAGAUGUGGUUAAAUGCACUAGGAGUCAAAGGGAGUGUUUUUUAUUUUGGUUUUUUUUUUCUCCUUUUUGUGAGUGUUCUUAAAGAUUCUUGUCUUAUGAAAACGAAGUUAUUCUUCGGCAAAGUUUUUCUUCAUUCAACUGUAAAUAGAGGCUUAGUUUUAAAAGAAAUGUUAAAUAAAUGUGUCUGAAGCAAUGGAUUGCACAAAAAUUCAGGUCCGUACAAUAUAUUUAAUAUCAAAUGCAUAUUAAUUGCCUUUUUAUGACUAUGUGCAAUGACCUUAGAAAAUGUGACUUUUAAUUAAGAAGUUAGAGAAGGAAUGUUUUCCUCCUGUGGUUGCAUGUACACAAUCCCUUCAGUUCCGCUAAAGGGAUUUUUAUGCACAGGUGAAAAUGUAACACCACGGUUCUUAUCCCACAACUCCUAUAAACACAUGAAUGUGAGGUGCAGCUGAAACUUGUGGCUUUUCCAGUUUGUGUGGAGAKACAACAAAAGAGUGAAAAGUGAACACGAAUCUGCAGAAAAAUAUGUGUAUUCCUCAUGUUUCCUCUGAGCUGUUGAGGAUCCCUCCUUACACCAAGGAACAGGCAUAACAGCAGCCUUUGGAGCGCACAGCAGCCCACACCUCAGACUGCACUCUGAGUAUGUCUUCUUGCCAAAAAUACUGAAGGUGUGAAGCUGGGAAUGAUUAAUGCUGGAGUGGUGCCCUUGCCAGCAGCGUAUGUGGCAAGGGGGAAAAAAAAGUAGUGUGUAUUAUUCAGGAGGGGAGAUUUUUUGCUGCUUUUUCUGAUGUAUCUUUUACUGAGAAACACAAUUCCUAUUACCUUUUCACUGAGUAAAUACCAUAAUUUUAUUUUCAAAUGCUGUUUCAAGUUUUUAAGAGUAUGACACCACUGUAAUCUUUCUACCAACAUAGUUUAAAUUAACUGUAAACU